UAACUGCAGUUUGCUCUAUAGUUUCUCAGAGCUACAAUGGCGAACAUGUCUUCUAUUUCCGAAGAUUUCUCCUCUAAACUUUCGCCUGUGAAACACUCCAUAGAAGAGGCGUCCCCUAAGCCUCCACUGCCAACAAAACACUCUUCAAUGGAAGUAGCAAAAGGUAUACAUCCACGAGAACUUUGCAUGAACAAGGACAUUCUUCCAUCAACCAUGCAGAAGGCUGUUGCGGAGAUUGUUGGCACAUACUUUCUUAUCUUUAUAGGCUGUGCGUCGGCUCUCGUAAACAAAAUCCAACCACUGACUAUAGUGGGCAUAGCAUUAGUAUGGGGCAUGGUUCUGAUGGCAGCGAUAUAUGCUGUCGGCCAUAUCUCCGGUGCCCAUUUCAACCCGGCUGUCACUCUAGCCUUGGCUGCCGGUCGCAAAUUUGCAUGGCAACUUGUACCUAUAUAUGUGGUGUCUCAAUUGCUAGGAGCAACUCUUGCUAGCUUGACCCUCAGGGCAUUGUUUCAUGCCCAACAUAAUAUUGACGUAACAGUUACCCAAUACAAAGAUUCAACUAGUGAUCUUGAAGCCAUUGCAUGGGAAUUCAUCGUCACUUUCAUAUUGAUGUUCAACGUUUGCGCGAUAGCUACCGAUGACAGAGCAAGCAAAGGAGUAGCUGGAGCUGCAAUAGGUGCUACAGUUCUGUUUAAUGUCAUUAUAGCUGGGCCUAUUACCGGAGCUUCAAUGAACCCUGCAAGAAGUGUAGGCCCUGCUGUUGUCGCCGGUGUUUACAAAAACCUUUGGGUGUAUAUUGUAGCUCCUAUUCUGGGAGCAAUGGCUGCAACUUUGGUGUACAGUAUUCUUCGAGUACCUAAACCAGAAAAGCCUGAAGAGAGCGCCAAAAGCACGUACAAUGAUCUUUAUGUAAACUCUGAAGUCUGAUCCAUAGGCAUCCAACUCUCGUGGUCAUGGAUGGAGAGUUUAUCACAUGGGUUGUUUCCAUCGACACCCCAUACCAGCUUUAAGAUACUUUCCCCUAAGAAGCUUUACUUGAUUGAUG